UCGUCCUGUAUGCUCGACGCGCCUUAAAAGGUCCCGGACCGGAGUGACACCGAAGUGACAUCAUGGGACAACAAUAGAACAUUCAAAUGUCAGUCUCACAUAUUCGGUUCUCUCUCUCUCUUCUUCUUUAAUGUCGGCCACGAAACUCGAUGGACGUGCCAUGCUGGCAGCGACGAUAGCCAAUGGACCAAAGCCCCGCGUUUUUGAGGAUAAGCUUGAGGAAAGAGCUUGGCGAAAGUUCAGAUUGGCGCAGGCUCUGAGGAUCUUUGGCAACCGAGGCUAUGAUGAAGGAAUUGCAGGACAUAUCACAGUUAGGGAUCCAAUUGAGACGGAAUGCUUCUGGGUCAACCCAUGGGGUCUCCAUUUCAAGCUCAUCCAGCCUGAGGAUCUCCUUCUAGUCGACUCCCAGGGAAAGAUAUUGCAAGCAGGGAAAUACCCCUUGUUGAACACUGCGGCAUUUCUCAUACAUUCAAAGAUCCAUGCGGCGAGGCCUGAUGUUAUAUGCGCGGCACAUUCACAUUCCGUAUAUGGGAAGGCUUUCGCAGCGCUGGGAAAGCCUUUGGAUAUGAUUUCGCAGGAUAGUUGCGCGUUUUACAAUGAUCAUGCGGUGUACACGGACUAUAGAGGCAUUGCGCUUGAUGUUGAAGAGGGCGAAGCGAUUGCCAAGGCGUUGGGAUCAUACAAGACGGCUAUUCUCCAGAAUCACGGGCUGCUCGUCGCUUGUGAUACGAUCGAGGCCGCAGUAUACUUUUACAUAUCCCUUGAGAAAUCGUGUCAGGUUCAGCUCCUUGCCGAUGCUGCAGGAAAUACGGUCAAGAUUCCCCCUCACCAGGCUGAAGAGACAGGCUCGAAAGUUGGGAAUAAGAUUGCAGGGUGGUUCAGCGGCAAAAUGGAGUUCGAUUUGCUGGAGAGCGAGGAGAAGAAUAUCUUCAAGUAUUUGAAGGAGUAACGUUGGUUGCGGUUAGAAUGUUCUUUGCAAUGACUGGGUUCAAAAUAAUAGAGACAAUUCAUACAUGUUAGAGCGUCAACAAAGCUA